AAAACGAAAGUAGAAAAUGUCGCGGGAGAAGUAAAAUCGUAAAAAGUUAAAAAGUCAAGUAUCUAGAGACAAACUUUUACAGAUCUAGGAUGGACAAUGCACCAGAAGCCACAGAUGAGGAGGAGGAAGAAGACUGGAUGGCCAUUAAUUGGGAUACUAAUCUUACGUCUGGCACAAGAGAGUUACGUAGCAAGAGCUGUUCUGACAAUGACAAAGCGAUGUCGAGUAAAGAUUUAUCUGAAGGUAAAGGGACAGGAAAAGAUGAGGCAAAAUCGAGUGAGACUUUGAUGUCUAGAAUGUUACUGAAUGACAAUAAAGCUGGCAUGACAGGAUUGGAUAAAGAAAAAAUCAACCAGAUCAUAUUUGAGGCAUCAAAAGGAUCUAAAUAUUUUGAAAAUGAAAAGAAAAAAGAGGAACAAAUGGCGAAAAGGAUUGAGGAGCAGAGACAGAAGAUGAAGGGCAUCACCCAGGAGCAGUUGGAGGCAGCUGAAAGGGAGGCAGAUCUUCUCUUGGAAGAGUUUGACAGAUUGAGAGACCUAAGUAAGACUAUUGUACACAUUGACAUGGAUGCUUUCUAUGCUGCAGUGGAAAUGCGAGACGACCCAUCCUUAAGAGACAAACCAAUGGCUGUAGGGGGCAAUUCCAUGCUGUCAACCUCCAAUUAUCAUGCAAGAAAAUUUGGAGUAAGAGCAGCAAUGCCAGGAUUUAUUGGGAAGAAGCUGUGCCCUGAACUUGUCAUUGUCCCAGCUCAUUUUGACAAAUACACUUCAGUAAGCAAACAAGUCAGAGAGAUUUUAGCAACCUUUGACCCCAACUUCUGCACGGUCAGUUUAGAUGAAGCUUACCUAGAUUUCACAGAUCACUUGACAAAGCGCAGUGCCUUGUCAGAGAAAGAGCGGACAGUAAUAUGUCGAACUUGUGACAGCUUUGAUAAGGAUUUUUGCUUAUGUGAUUUGAAUGAAACUCUGGGUGUAGGUUUUUGUGAAGAUGGGACUCUGAAGGUCAAAGCCAGUGUUCCUGAGGUCUGCACUGGUUGUGGCAAGCCUCUUCCGGAGUUUGAGAUGGUGACAUUUGGAACUGAUGUGGAAUAUGCUGUCAAUGAAAUGCGCUCCAGGAUUCAGCAAAAGACUUGUCUAACAGCUAGUGCAGGUGUUGCUCCAAAUAUGAUGUUAGCCAAAGUCUGUUCCGACAUGAACAAGCCAAAUGGUCAAUACAUCAUCCCGCCCACUGUAGAAGCAGUCAUGUCCUUUAUAAGGGAGUUAUCCAUUAGAAAGAUAAGUGGCAUUGGGAAGGUGUCUGAGAGGAUGCUGAAUGCCCUGGGGGUAAAGACCUGUCAAGAUCUCUACAACAAGAGGGGGCUCCUCUACCAUCUCUACUCACAGAUCUCCUUUAACUACUUCAUGAGAAUUUGUCUUGGGAUCGGAUCCACAACUGUAGAAAGAGAUGGAGAAAGGAAAAGUAUGAGUACUGAAAGAACCUUCUCUGAAAUGAGUGCCCCAUCAGAGCUGUACAGUAAAUGUCUAGAGCUGAGUCAGUCAUUAGCAGAGGAUCUCCAGUCAGAAGAACUGAAAGGUAGAACUGUGUCUAUUAAGAUAAAGACCGUCAAGUUUGAUGUGAAGACAAGAGCGUGCUCACUUCCAGAUUACACCAAUGAUGCAGAGGUUAUUUAUACUGCAGCAAAAGAUCUUCUUUGUAAGGAGAUAAAAAAUGUACAUCCACAUCCUCUACAACUAAGACUUAUGGGUGUUAGAAUGAGUUCUCUGGUUGAUCAAAAUUUUGUCACAAACAAGAAACAACAGAACACAUUAAUGCAGUUUGUAAAGAAAGGAGAAAAGCUGGGGAAAAUAAACCAUCAACAGCUUGUGGAAGAAAGUCCAAAUCAAGUGGAUAUAUCAGAAAAAGGUCUUCAGUUUGCAAAGAAAACUGAUCAGCAAAAUGAUGACCCAAAUUUAGGCACCUGUGCUAAUCAAAUUAGUCAGUGUCAUGAAGAAAACAAUGAUCAGAGGAACCGAAACAAGAACAGCCACUCAAUAUCUGAAGAUGAUGUGAUACAUGACAGUACUUCUGAAACACACUGUCUCAAGAAAAUUUCACAGAAGUCAAAAGAAAUCAUAGAAGAUAUGACAAAACUUUCAGAACAGGAUGCGAACAAAGAUUCAAAUACCCAUGAAAAAUGUGAAUAUAAUGGACCAUGUGAAGAUAAAAACAUUUCAGAUGACUGCACUAAUAAUGAAGACUUAGCAGAAAAGGAGCCAGAAACUUUGUGGUAUACCUGUCCAGUUUGUAGGGAUGAAGUUGGCUGCAGCGACCUGCAUGCAUUCAAUCGUCAUAUUGAUACGUGUUUGAGUAGAUCUGUAGUCAUGGAAUGCUCUCGAUAUCAACCGGAGGAAGAAACAGCUAGGGAUAAGAAACCCACCACAAGAAAAACUGUCACUCCAAAGCGAAAAAGUACCUCCUCAAAGCCACUCAAACCUGGCUCAAGAACUUCACAGGAAACUGUGGAGACUAAAUCUCGAGUUUCUGGGUCACCAGUAUCUCGAAAAAGUCUUAUUGAAAGAAAAGAACCAGUGAAUGAUAAAAAUCGAGAUUUGAGUUCUUUACAAUCCCAAAAAGUUGUGGUUGAGAAGAAUGUAAAAGUAUCUCAGUCAUCUUCGGAGGGGCCCAGUACUUCAAAAAUCCAGAUGAAAAAGGGUGUAGACCCUGAUGCUUUGACGGAAACUCCUGACAGUAAAUUGAGAGAAACCAUGGUGUGUCCUGUGUGUUUUAUGGAGCAGACAGGAGUAGAUUUAGACACUUUUAACCAGCAUGUGGACAGCUGUCUGUGUAAAGGAACAAUCAGUGAGAUCCUGAAAGAACAAAAGCAAAACAACAAAAGAUCUUUAGAGCAGUUAGAGCAGCAGGAAUCACCAGGGCCAAAGGGAAAGCGAAAAAAACAGGAAAGUGGUCCUAAAUGCCAAAAUAUUGCUUCGUUUUUCCAAAUGAACACGUAAAGUGACAUUUUCUUAUUCCCAGUUGGUGACCUUGGUGCUAUAAUCUUUUUUUCUUAGGAAUUUAAAAAAAAAAAAAAAAGAAAACUGGAGAUUUUUACUUUUCUGGAUCUUAUGAGAAAGGAUUUACUUCUAUGAAUGGCAGUAUGGUCACAUCUAUUUCUUGGAAGUUUGAGAUAGUAAAAAAAUCUGGGACUUGAAUGCAUUGUGAUGAAUGUAUAACACAUUUUUUAUAUUACUCUAAAUCAGAUGCUUCUUUAUGAAAACUGUUAUGAUAGAUGUUUUAUUUUUACUUU